CUGGAUUGAGAGUGGGCCGGGUCUAAAGUAGCUGAAAGAUCUGGGCAGGUCAGGGGGACACGGCGGGCAGAAAGAAACUGGGAAAAGAAGCAGAGGCUUGACAUUUUUUUAUUUUUUUUUUUAAACUGGAGAUUACAUCCAAAACAGCAAAAUGCCAACCAUAAGAAAAACAAUGAUGUUCUUAGGAGGAUCCCUGGCCAACGGUGGUUCCCUUAUAAUGAUAUGUGCUGUGCUGGCAACCAAAGAGUGGGUCAACAGUGUGAUUACAUGCGAGGGGUCGGCCAAUCAGACUGGGUCCGUCACGCUUGAGUAUGGGCUUUUUGAAGGCAAGGGGAAAAGCACCUUCUGCCCUAAUAUUGGGGUGGACAUUAAGCCCUUCAAAGUCCUGGAAUCUCUGGAACACUUUGGUCCUUCUAAAUCUCUACACAUCACGGUUAUAACCUGCCUGUGUCUCGGGCUUUUGGGUUCAAUAUGCAGCUUUGGAAUCACUCUAUAUAACAGCUUCAGCAGCCCUUACGAAACAUACCUGGGACCUAUCGGUGUUUAUGUCUGCAGUUCAGUAAGCGCAAUUUUCAUUUUUUUCUCAAUCGUUUUAUUCGUGGUGAACACAGAGGUAUAUCAUUUAUCAGUAGAAAUGGCUGACAACCAAAUUGGGAUCCAAAGUGUGAUUCUGAGUGAUGCCAAGAAUUCAGUCGGAUACUCGUACUACCUCAUGAUUCCUGCUUUUUUCUGCAACCUGUUUGCCAUUAUCAUCGUCUACGUUUACCAGCACGCCAACUACACUCAGAGGAAGGAGCAGCAGAGACCCACGGAAGAUGCCCCAAAAGACAUCCUGAUGUAUUAAUGGUACUUCUGCAGUUAAGACUUUUGCAAAGGGUUACAGUACCUCAUAGCAAUGUUCCCCAACAGAAAAUAAUUUAGAUUCUUAGUAAUCAUUAUGUUCUAUUCAUCGUGUCCUCUUUGUCUCUCUGUUUGUACCUGUUUAAACUGCCCUUGCGUGCACUUUCAUUUUCCCUAAAGAUGUUAGCUUCAGCCACACUACUCCAAAACAUUUAAGACCUGGGGCAAAGUUAACUGUGGCUUUGACCUUUUUAAAGCCCUGUGGAACAAUAUCAAGAUUGUCAAGUCCGCCUUUACUUCCGUCAUGCUUGUUUUUAUUCAUUUACUGUUUAUUAUAUUUACAGAUGAGUUACAAUAGUAAAUGAUCAAAGUGAAAUUUGAAUAAAUGGUUACAAACUAAAAACAUAUCAAAGCAGCUCCAUUGACUCAAUAGAAAAUCUUCUCCCAAGCUCUCUAUAUUGCACAACCCUUUCCACGCAGUGUGACGGAUGUUCUUAGAAAAUCAGUGGUUAAGUAUCUUUGGCCCUGUCCACACUAUGCAUUUAAACCAUAUUAAUUGCCUUUAAAUCAGCUUAAAAGUGCUAAAUACGGUUAGUGUUUACACUGUGCAGCGUUUAAUACUGUAUUCGAGAACACCUCGGGGUAGUCUCAAGUCCAGUUCUAAAUUAUAUCCGAAGUGUGAACGCUGUAAUACCGAACUACAUUCUGUAUCCUCCAAUAUCCCCAAAUGCUUUCUGAUAUGUUUUGGCACGUGAAAUCAAGGCACAUUGAUAUCUGGAGCAAUGAAUUCACUCAAGGAGAACUUCAAAACGAACGAGAGUUCAAAACAAAACGCACACACUAUGGUAAAAUGUACCCAGUGUUUUUAAGAAACAAAGCUACAACAUUUAUGCUAAGAAGCGAUAUGUCUUCCAUCGACACAGGCUCCAUAUUUGCUGGGUUGUAAACAUAAAAUCCAGUGCAUGGUGGGAUAAUGUAAUAUUAAGCUGACAGUCCAUUGCCCUGCUAGGAACUGUAACCGGGCUAUUAUAAUAGUGUGUGUAUGCAUUAAGGCCGAAGGUACUUUAGUGUGGACGCUUUGAGCUGGAUUAAAUAAAGUGUUUUUGAGUAUGGUUCUCUAAUUGGUUAUGUAGUGUGGAUAGGGCCUUUGAUGCAGGUGUAUCGAUAGAAACCAGCUUAAACGUGGACAGGUAUAUCAUAACAGUGUCGGUCUGGUGUUGAACAGUGAGUUAGGACAGAAAUGCUAUCGUAUUGGUAUAUAUUCUAAACCGAAACACAUUUUACCAGUAUCAUUCUAUAAGUGUGAAUAGGGUAUUAAACCGCUUUCCUGCACAAUACUGACAUCCUUUGAAACGUUGUUCUGUGUCUAAGAAUAUGACAGCAGUUAAUGCUUGUGUGACUUGUUUUGCAUGCAGGAUGAAGUGUUUUAAUGUAACAUUGCUGAUGUGAUUGAACUCUGGAGCUUGCCAGUCCAUGGCAGAAAGUUAAAAGUUCCUAGACCCAAUCUUGAAGCAACUGCAAAGGCAAAGCCACAUUUUCAGAGACGAAUACAACUUUUAAAAGAACAAAAUUACUCAACAAUACAAAAAUAACUGAACUGCUUCUUCCUGCAUAAGUCAUGUAUUUACAAGUGUAUACGAUUAUAAUUAUGAUUAGAAGAGUAAGACAACCUCUUGGAAAAUGAUCACCCAACAACCAAAACUUAAACGUGUGCUUUCAGAUUAAUGUGUUCAAAUGAAUUCUACAGUGGAUCACCUGUGUCCUGCUUCCCAGUGUAAACAUCAUGUUCUCCAUCGAUAUGCAAUUCAAAUUAAAUAUAUUUAUGAUUUAUUUUGUUCUGUUUUGGAGUGCUCAAUACAUAAAUAUAAAAUUAAUGGUUGCUUUUUAAAUAUUGGUUUUAUAGUGAUUACUAUAUAUACUAAUAAUAUAUAUAUAUAAUGAUUUCUAGCUAGAAAUGUAAUUAGGCUGGAAAUGUAAAUAAUGGUAAAUACUUCUAUUGUGGGGCUCAAGAGCCAUGUAUUGGGCAGUUAGAUCACUUCACAAUUCGCAUAGAUCAUUUAUUCAUUUAGUUGUGAAAGCAUAGUGAAGCACAAACAAAAAUAUGUAUGGUAAAGAAAACACAAUAAAGCAUGGUAAAUUUGUAGAAUAAGCAUAGUAAUCGCUUUUGCUUUUUGUCAGUGUAUUAGUGUAUCUAAAAUACAGCUUCUUAAAUAAAAUUGAUGAUUUAUUUGACUCAA